AAUAACAAUUGAAAUUCAAUCCCAAUCUCAAUCCCACAAAAUAAUACGUGUAUUCGGUAAUACCAAAUAUAGACAAAUUCGGUACAGUAUUCGAUAUAUCCCAAAUACUGGUACCAAACUUCCAGCCCUAUCUGGAAGGCAUCUAAGGGUGUGUGGGCCACAAAUGCAAACCUCUUCUCGCGUCACCGCUCGCCUUCUCCGGAGUGCCCUAUUUGUCUCCAGACAGACAAAACUACUCACCAUGUCCUUUUUGGUUGCCCCCGCGCUGGAACUUCAUGGUUUCAGUUUGCUCCGGAGAUUGCGCUUCAACCACCUUCUCUGAAGGUUAUUGAUUGGUUGAGGGAGGUGGGGAAGAAUUGCAACCAGUGUGUUCCUCAAUUCUUAGCUUAUCACCCGUGGAAUAUGUGGAAAGCAAGGAAUGAGAAGAUUUUCAAGAGCACUCCCCCUGGCCCCCACGCACAAUUGCGAAAAUGCUUCAUGAGUUUCAAUAAUGGAAAGCGUGCCCUCAAAAGAGGAAAGAAGGGACCAGUUGUUCAAGUCGGCCCAACCCAUCUCCAGCCCAUCCCUCACCACCGCCAGGUAAUCUUGAGUUUGAGAUUAACUGUGAUGGAUCGUUUUUCUACAAUUCCCCGGAGGCGGCAUAUGGAGUAGUCGUUACUAACACCCAUGGCGAGAUUUGUGAUGGAAAGGUCGGCUCCCUACUCUGCAGCUCAGCAUUGGAAGUAGAAGCGAGGGCAUUGCAGGAAGGAUGUUCAUUUGCAAUGGAGACUGCUAGUCCAUGCAUGAUCAAAUCUGAUUUUAAAGUCUUGGUUGACGCCAUUGGAGGGCCAAGAAAGGGGUGGUCGUGGUAAGUUGCAGCGAGACUUGACGUUGUCUCCUCUUUCCUCAGACGUUCCUCGAAUGUGGGAAUAACCAUUGUUCGUCGUGCCAACAAUGUUCGUACUGACUGGGUUGCCAGAUCAUGCGCCAAGAACCAACUUCCCAUCGAUUGAAUUACUAUCUUGAAUGUGUUGUCCCAUGUAAAAUUUCGCUAAUCUUUUGAGAAUAAUGCAGAGUCCUUUGUAAAAAAAUAAAAUACAAGGUAAGUGUAGACUAUGCUUGUAAUCGUUUAUGAAUUCUCUAGAUCACAUUUUGCAAACACAACUUAAACACACAAAAUAAAAGUUGACUUGAGCAUGAAUAUUUUUUUUUUGUUCGACAAUGGGCUUGAGGUCUUGACUCUUGAGCAUGAAUAUAAUUAAUCUGGAAGCUACCCUUAAUUCGCUAUCCAUUAAAAACAACUUAUAAUAAUAAAUUAAAUAACCCCACAGGACUGGAUUUAUUUAAUGAUAAAUACCUAUACCCGCCCUUUCUACCAAAAAAAAAAAAAACAAAAAUACCUAUACGGCUAUACCCGCCCCGAUUUAUCUUUUGCUUCUCUUUUGACCCGAAAGAAAAAUAAAGCAAAAGAAUUCCACAAACACAAAAAUCCAAUUUCUCCUCCCUCGGUUUCCUCAAUCUGCCCGAUUGUCCCUCCCGCCCCCGAACAAAAUUCCAAUCCUCCUCCUGCUGCUGCGUUCUCUUCCUCCCUCUCCUCUCCAGAUUCAAACAUUUCCUUCCUCUCCUCCCCUCCCACUCCCCGAUUACCUCUCCCUUCCUUCUCUCCGUCGCCCCCGCCUCCUCCUUCGCCGUCGCCGCCACCUACGCCAUCGUCGUCCUUCCUCGAGGUGGACUCCUAGCUUCGCUUGCCUUGAUUUUCUCGUCUCUGUCCCUCGUUCCUUGAUUUCACGAUCGCGAUGUCUUAUCUGAGAGUUUCCCCCUCUUUCUGACGAGUUCUGUUUGGAAAUGUCGCAGGAUUCCCUCGACUCUUCUCGGCCAUUGCGCGUGGAUUGCUCGGGAGAAGCUGCUGAGAGAAAGAGCGAGCUAGAGCGAGAGAGAGAGAGAGAGAGAGAGAGAGAGAGAGAGAGAGAGAGAGAGGCGCUUGUGUUUCUUUCUCUUUGUCUUGAGGUCAAUUUCUAGCUGCUCUUGUGUUGGUCAUGUCGCCGUCUGGCAGCUGACUUUUUUGUAUCUCUUAUUUCCAGUCUCCUUUGUUCGAUCGGAUUGCCGUGUUUUUCUUUGCCUGCAUGCAGAAUUGCAUAUCUCUUUCUAUUAACAUUAGCAUGUUGUUGGUAAUUCUGGCUAUUUUAGAUAUGGAUUUUCUGGAUGCAUUCCAGUGUUAUGCAAUGUUGCCAAGAAUCUUGUUUACUUGAAAAAUGUUACGUCGUAUUCUUCCCCAUGGCUGUUUUGUUUAUAUCACCUCAGCCCUCAGGAUUAUUGCCCAGGAUCGAGCCAUUGCCUAGGAAGAUAAUUAACUAGUAUUCAUUCGGUUUACGGCGCCUUCAUUUAUUGCAAGGCAGGGGCUUCUCGUUGUACAAUGGCUAUGGUUAUCACAUCAUCUGUAGCUAGUGUAGGCCCUCAUAUAUGUGCAGGAGUUUUAUGACUUGGGAAACUGUUCUUACAUUGUUUCAUGUGGUAAUGCAGUUAUGCAGAGCCAGUUGGUGUGCAACGGAUGUAGGAGCAUUCUUCUUUAUCCAAGAGGAGCUUCAAAUGUUUGUUGUGCCUUAUGUAAUACAAUUACGUCAGUCCCUCCUUCGGGUAUACUACUUUUAUGUGCCUUUUUUCCCCCAAUAUAUUGACUAAUGGUUCAUUCUAUUACAUUUGCUUGACUGGUUAUGUGGGCUAUGCCUUUGGGUGAAAUUUAGUUCUGAGAUCUUGCAAGAAGCAGUUAUAACAUGAUAAAGUUUCAAGACUUUGCUUGGACUGAACUUUUGUUAUACCAUAUACUGGAGUUAAGCAAUUUACAUAUUCUUGACUUCCUAUGAAUCGUGCCUUUGAAAAGUGAGCCCAGUGAUAUUUAUUGUGAAGAUUUUCUUUGUAGACAGCAGAUAUUUGAAACAUAUGUAUGUCAUUGAUUUAUGAUCAAGCCUCCAGCUCAUGAUGCAACGUCCGUUGUUGAUCUUUAGUUGGGUUCAACAAUGAAUUCUAUGUGAAAAAGGUCGAGUCUCUUGCUCCCAUGUAUUUCUAAAUAAAAUGUGAUAUAUGGUAUGAAGAUAACAAGCUGAUUUAUCUUACUUACUUCUUGCUCAAUUCUUCACUUGAUGUAUUAGUUUUGGCAUCUUCAAUUGGUGAAGAUGCAAUUUCAACCUUGAAGAGAAUUUAUGCUUUUGAGGUUUGGAGUCCUUUCGAUGAAAAAAUCAUAAAAAUAGUACUGGUAUUUUUGUCGGUUCGGGGUGAUAUUCAGUCAAAGAUGCUCGAAUUCUUUUCUGCUCCUGUAUGAGCUACAUGUUAACAUAUUCCAAUCUUUAUGUCAACAUUGAAGGUUAUAAUUUUAACAAAGGAUAUAGCUGCUUAACUUGUAUGUUAUCCCUGCAGGGAUGGAAAUGGCUCAACUUAUAUGUGGAGGUUGCAGGACUUUGCUAAUGUAUACACGUGGUGCAACCAGUGUCAGAUGCUCUUGCUGUCAUACUGUGAACCUGGCACCAGGUAAAAAUUGAUUACCUGAUUAGAUGCCAGUUUAUAAGUUCUGAUAAAGUCAGAGAUCUCUUUAUUCAAGAUUCUACAAAAUAUAGAAUAAGAGGAUUACAUUUCUUCCAUAAAGAUGUUGGCAAUUCAUUCAUGAGCAUUCGAGUUGCUUACCAGCAAAAUUACGAACUUGGCAUAGAUGUAUUUGGACUGAUGGCUCCCAUUUGAAAAAUAACAGUUCAUUCUGGAUCACUGAUCUCAUAGAAGAGCUGUGUGUCAGCUUAUUGCUCCUUACCGUUUGUGAUUGACCCUAUGUGCAUUUCUGUUAUGAGCUUAGGUCCAGUAGUUUAGUGUCCAGGCUAUUUCUGUUAUGAGCUUAGGACCAGUCAGCAUGAAAUGCCACAUCAGCUUUGUAAUUUAAUUAACAGGAGAUAAUGCUAAAUCUUGAUUCCUUUAACUGCUUCCUGUUCCAUAACUCAUGAAAGUGCUGAAGAUUUGUUCUUCUCAAGCUUUUACGAGACAUGUAAAAAGACAUUGAGUUCUGAAUUCUCCAUGGGUUAUGAAAGCAGAAAACUAACUUACUAGCAAAUAGUUCCUUCUAGAGUUGUGCGAGUUUUUAUUUAUUCUACAUUUUGAGAUGGAGAACCCUUCAUUGAGAAUCCUAAUUGGAAACGUCUUGAUAUACAAACAAAACCACCUUCAAGUGUCAAUUAUUUUCAAAUAAUUAUGUUAUUAUGGAAAUACUCUUCUUAGUGACCAUUCUAUACUUCUCAGUUUCACCUGAUAGUUCAAUUUCUAGCUUCUCUUUUGCAUGUAUGUACAUAAGGAACACUGAUAUGAUAUUUUCAUCUUAAUACAUUUCGUGAUGUACAUCACAUGAUUUCUGUUUCCAGCAAUGCGUGUGAGGGUCAUAUAGUGUUUUGCUUGAUGUGUUCCUCCUGUCAAAUGUUAUUUUCCUCAUAUAGCGUCUCCUGAUUCUGAUUUUUGAAUUUUGGUUGAUGUGAGGUAGUGUCUAGUCAGGUUGCUCACGUAAACUGUGGCAACUGCCGGACGACGCUUAUGUAUCCAUAUGGAGCUCCAUCUGUGAAGUGUGCAGUCUGCCAUUAUGUCACAAAUGUCAGUGUAAGUCUUCUACUUUUUUCUCCAAUUUGUGCUAUCUUUCCAUUGGCCUUUCCUGAUUUCUAAACAGCUAGGGUUGCCUGUUUCUAGACUUUUUGUCAUCUUAUCUUCUGUUCGAAGUAGAUAUAGUCGGUUGCAAGAACUAUGGUAAGCAUUAGAUCCCUUUGAAUAGAAGCGUUCAAAUCAACAAUGUGGUUAUAAAGGGAACUGACAAUUUAGCUGAAAAAUAUAUAAAGACUUCGGUUAGGGCUUCCUUACAGCUACCUAUAGCUGAUUUUAAGUUCUACGUUUUCCUGGGAACACAAUUUAGUUAGGGAGAGGAGGUUUUAUUGUUGACUUCAGAAAGCCAAUGUCGAUGAAAUGGAAUGGUGUGAUUGCAGAAGACAUCCAUUAAUCAGACCACAGCUAAUUAAUGGGUCCCAAUAUAACUAUCUUGUUUUGGGAGAGGGAUGGUCUGCACCUAGUGGUCUCAUUAUAUUACUUUGCUUUCCCGGUGCAGGUGGCAAAUGUGAGGGUUCAACUGCCAGUGAACAGACCAAAUGGUACAGGCGCUACGCUGCCAUUGCCAUCCACUUCCUCAGUAAGUUGUCAACUUUGCCGAGUGAUCUGAUUCUGAGAAACAUUCGAUAUCUUCUCUGUUUUACUAAUUCUGAUUGUUGUUGCUUCCCUUCAUCCAUUGACUCAGGCAAUGCCGCAAUCACAGACUCAGACAGUAGUUGUCGAAAAUCCAAUGUCUGUCGAUGAAAGUGGGAAAUUGGUAAGAAUCAACCUAGUCACCCCAGCCUUUCUUUGCCCGGGAAAGUAAGAAUCAACCUAGUCAUCCCCAGUCCAACCCAACCAUCCACUUAAAACUCAUCUAAGCCAGAGAAACCCAUUUGACCCAAAUUCAUUGUGUUCUUCUGCAGAUGGGUUACAGCAAAAAUACCAUUUCAUAUCUUAUAUUUUAGUACCCAAUUCACACAUUUACAUGAAAUUUUGUUUCAAACUGAAACUGGUAUUUAGUUUCAAAUAUUUUUGAGUCCUAAACUUUCAGAACUGGUCCAGAAUCUGAAUCGAACUUUUUCUCUGUCAAUUCAGUCAGGUGAUGAAAUUACAUUACUGCACCCCUUCUUUUUUAGCCAGUUAUAAACUAGUCCACCUCUGUCGUUUUACAAUCAAUACCUAAACUACUAGGAUCGUACCCAACAGCCCUUAGACUUGAUAGGCAACUGCAAUGCCAUUAGAAACCAUAUCAGAAUUCCAAGAAAAUCUCAACAACCCACUUACAACUUUCAAACACUCGUCCCCAUGAACCCGACCCAUGGACCUAACUCAUUUGUGCCACCUCUAGUGCUCUCCUCUGUAUCUUCUGCUUCUCCUGCAUUUCAUCUUUCUCAGUAUGAGUGCUGUUUGAUAAGAUCCCCCAUUGAAAUAUACGUUGCAGGUGAGCAAUGUGGUUGUUGGAGUCACAACAGAUAAAAAAUAAGGAAGCGGGGGAGGCUUUUGGAGAUCUUUGCUUGUAUCCAUUUUGAUUAGGGUUAGGGGUCAUGGCUUUUGGGGUUUGGGAGGGGGUGGAGGGUGGGAACUGUGUGUAUAAUAUUUCAAUGGAGAUUAAACAGAAAGAGGAAGAAGCUAUAGAGAAAAGAAGCCUUGGGGAAGAAAUUUUAAAAAAGAAAGUGUGGAUGUACAUUUGAGGAACUUUGUACCAUUCAUGCAUAUUUUGUACUCUACUCAAAACCAUGGUGAAUCACCCUGCUGCUGUAAUCUUUCAGAUUUAUUUGAUUACAUUUUUGGUAAUCUCUUACAGAAAAUCUUCAUCUGUACAUCUCUUAUAAAUGACUAGGACAUUCCGUUUUUGGGUUCUCUGUGGUCUAUUUAUCGUCCUUUCUUUUUCGCCCUGGAUUCGAAUGUGCUCCUUCUUGAUUAUGGCUUGCGACAUAUAGACAGAUUUGUUUUGCGGAGAGUGUGAAAGCAUGUUUGUACUGGAGGAACAAGGCGAGAAAGGCUCAUGACAUACAGAUUAGUUCUGCGGAGAGAGUGAAAGCAUGUUGAACAGUCAGUUUUACAUGCUGGAGCUGGAGGAUCUUGUGCUUCUAACUUGAGGAGAAGAGCACUUAACUUCUCAGUUUUCGCCCAACAACGAAAUGUAACUGUCCAGCUUGGUUCAUCCGAUGGCGUUGUAAAUGGCCACUGUAAUGAAGACGGUUUUACGAUACCGCCAACAUUACAAAAUACAAACUACCAAAUUUACAGGCCGCGACUUGACGCUGAGAUACAGCGAAGAUUGAAAGUCCCUAAAUACGUAGAAACUGCCAGGAAAAAAGAGCACCACCUUCAAUUUGUUUAGUGUUUCUCAGCAGGAAAGGCGAAGCCUAAGCAGUUUCCCAACUACUAUGACCAGAAAGCGGGAAAUCAUCUAAAAUUUGUCCAUCUGAUGGUUCGACCACCCGAAGAAACGUAAUUCACAAGUAGAAACAUAGAAGUUAAAAAAAAGUGGUUCAUAUUUAGGAUCAUCCCCCGUAGAAUCGCAACUAUAAAUGAUGAACCCACUUCGUUUCGGUUUCACAGACACCCCAAAAUCCAAUCAAAAACCCAGAAGCAAGCUCUACUCCUAUCCAAUUCCAAUCCAUCUAUCUAUCUUCUGGGCAACAUGGGUGAAGAAGAGGUCGUGCAAAAGCGACAGAAGGCGGUUGUCCUGGUGCUCAGGGCGGCGGCCUUGCUGGCCACCGCAGCUGCAACCAUUGUGAUGGCACUCAACAAGGAAACCAGAACCUUCGUAGUUGCCACCGUUGGUACGACCCCUGUCACUGCCUCUAUCACGGCUAAGUUCCAACAGACCCCUGCAAAUGUAUUCUUUGUGAUAGCCAACGCAAUGGCUAGCAACCACAACUUGAUGAUGAUUGGUUCCGACCUGUUCGGCAUUGAUUACAGAGGAUUCAAGCUCCCCUUAGUAGCCAUUCUAGAUAUGUUAAACGCGGCGCUGCUGUCAGCCGGGGUGCACGGGGCGGCUUUCAUGGCGCAGCUGGCCAAGAACGGGAACUCGCACGCCAGGUGGAACGAGAUCUGCGAUAAGUUCCAAGGUUACUGCAACCGCGGCGGAAUAGCCAUUCUUGCCUCCUACGUCGGGCUGCUGGUGACGUUGGGCAUCACCGUGGUGUCCAUUGUGAAGCUCCUGAAGCCCAAGCCACAGCCCCAACCUCUCGCCUCUGAGAUUGAAGUCCCCUGACUGAGCUAGAAGAAGAAGAAGAAGAAGAAGAAGAAACAGAGUCUUGUGCCGCCGCCGGUGGCGCCUUUUAUUACUUCGCCCCAGUUGUGUGUUGAUUAGGUUCUAUAAAGUAUAAACCCCAGGCUGAAUCUAUUUCAAAGUGUGUGUAAAACAAAAACUUCCAUUUGGCCCCCUUUGUUUUUGGUUUGCUCCAUCUGGCUACGUGAGAAAUGUUGUUGGUAUUUGUAGCUCAAACUGGACACUUUUUUAAUAGGGUUAAUAUAUUUGUACUAGAAAAUUGGCCCGCGCUCUGCAGCGGAUUCUCGAAAAUAAAUUGACCCAUUAGCAUUAAAAAGUAAUAAUGCGAAAUCAAGGUGAAUGUCUUUAGUAGUGGAAGAGAAAUUAUUUAUUAACUUGAAGCAGAUGAUUUUAGAACCAUUUUUAACUUCGCAAUCUAUUUAGCCUCAAUGGACUUGAGUAUGAUUUUGGAGUAAAUAUUUGUAUUAUGAUUAUACAAAUUGAUUUUGAAUGGAAUAUUUGAACUUAUGAUAAUAUAUACAUCAAGAUAUUCCCCAAUUUUAUGAGGCAAGAAAAUAAUUUUGUAACAAUCAAUAAAAGAAACUCUAGUAUAAAUGCGAUGAAUAUUGUUAUUUUACAGAAUAAAUACUGUUAUCAACACAUAAUUCUGGGACAGCCCUUGGGGUUGAAAAGUGAGUACAUUGAUUUUUGAGAUAGUGUUAUAUUCAAAUAGAGUAACUUACAGUUUUACAUAGAGUUUGUCAUGGGUUUCCGUAAACUAAUAAAAUAAUCUCAUAUUCCGCCCAAAUGGAAAGAUCAAUAGAGUAUCAAAUUAUCAAUUAUCAAAAUUGAAUGACAAUAAGAUGACUUAUGAACACUUGUGAUUAUUGUUCGCAACCUUUUUGCAGUCUAUGUAUAUUGUACUUGAUAAUUGUGAAAUGACACAAAGUGAGUCUAGUAAUGUACAACGUUCUUACUUAACUAAUAUCAAUAUAACAUUAUGUAAAUUGUUAAUAUCGUUUAGGAAGACUUACGUAAUACAUCUUAUGUAAGAAGUAAUUGUCAUUCCAUAAUCUUUAUGUAAUGCCCUUAUAUCGUACAUAACAUAUGUAAAAUGACGUUAUGUAAUAAGCUUUAUACAGUUGAUGGUCUACUAUGCAAUGAAUACUAUUAUCAUAUUGCAUAAAGUAUGAAAUGAUUAUCCAAAAUACAUCUAAUUUAAUUGUUACGUAAAAAAUAGACGUAUUCCCAUGCAUCCGGUGCGAACAUCAUGGGUAGAGCAGAAAGAGAAUUAGGGAGUAGAAGAAAUCAUGAAUAAAUGCAUGCACGAAAUUCCAUCAUAAAUGGUAUACCUCCUCCAAUUCUCAUACUUUAGUGGUACCCGAUAUAUUUUACCCUACAAAUACAUAAUCCUUCCACAUCAAACAUUGUAGCAUUAUACAUUUUCUCCACUUUAUGUUUUACCUGCUAACACCCUAAAUAUGUACCAAGCAUAACUCAGAUGAAAUAAUUGCAAGAGGGACACCUGUAAGGAAUCUGUUAGGUAAUGUGGAUUUUAACAAAUUAAAUGAUAAAACCUCAACAUUUAACAAAAAAAGCAUUGAAAACGUGAAAUGGGAUGACGAUAUCAACCUGAUUUGGACGGGCAUAGGUCCUCUUCUCGAUCUGACCUAUUCUGACUCGCCCCAUUCUCAAUCCAGUAUUCCCUAAUUACAUGUAAUUUUACUCAAAUUGUUUAAAAUGUUAUUAUUAUCUCGACCCAGUCUCAACCCAGUAUUCGCUCAAUUUAACUACACUUAUCAUAUAUCAACAUCCUCAUUCCGACGUGCUCCAAUGUCAUUCCUUAAGCGAAGGAAAUAAAGAGGUCAAUGAAGAUGAACAGGUGGCAUGUUUUAUUUUGCACAUAACAUGUGUCACCCAUGCAAAAGAAUGGGGCGCAUGAAAUCUAUAACCGGAAAAUCAUUUAUUAAAUUUUUUGUUUAGUU